UGUGUGUCACCACUCUCCUCUGCUAGACUGAUCACGCUCACUGACACGGACAGAGAAGCACACACAAACCCAAGAAGUUGAACUUAAAGGAACCUAUUCCUGCUGACUUGGAUUGGAGACAUGACCAAAGAGACUGAGACUCUGGGACUGGUCUUUCAGAGCGAGAACUUCAACUAUAACCGUUACGCUAACCACAUCAUGGACUCCUGGUCCUACAUGGAGAGCCCAGUCCCCGAGCCGACCCACCCCAAACCCAGACUUCACCCUGGAGACGACCUGGCAGCCAUAACCAUGCUUUAUGAACAAUGCAAGAAUCAGAAGGAGCAGAAGAUCGCUGCCUGCAACCGCUCUGGCAACAUCUGUAAACCAGAGAGGACCAGCACGAAUGAGUUUUCUUCAUUGGAGGCGUCCGCCAACGUCAUGAAGAUCCUCUCUGAGAGCGUUCCCUUAAGCCACCCCCAAGAGGUUUUGGGAUCCAAGCAGAACACCUCCCUGCCCAUCUCCGUUCCCACCACCUCAGACACCUACGCCACCCUGACCAGCGUCGUGGCCGACACGUACGACAAGCAGGAGCUCAACAUCAUCUUUGACUCCCUGCUGCAGAAGUGGCCGGAGCCCGGUGCUUUCCCCGACCCCAACGCCGAGACUCUUCCCUACAGCGAUCCCUUCCCCGAGGACCAGUCCAGCCCGGUCUACUCCGGCUCCUACACCGGCUCCCCACCAGAGAGAUUCAGGAAUGAGUUCCAGUUUUCCCUCGGAGCUCCCCUGGCUUCUCCUUACAAGUCCAACGAGCUGCCCAUGGUCUACCUGAACAAGGGCCAGUUCUACCCUAUUACUCUCCACGGGGUGGACAACACUGCCUGCCUCAACACCACCAAAGUCAAGACAGUAGUGAUGGCUGUGUUUGAGAACGACAAGAGCCCAGAAGUGCAGCUCCGCUUUUGGAAUCACUGGCAUGCGCGUCAGCCAACCGCCAAGCAGAGGGUCAUUGACAUCGCUGACUACAAAGAAGUGUUCAGCGGCAUCAGCGACAUAGAGGAGGUGGCCUUCAAUGCUCUCUCCUUCGUCUGGAACCCCAAUGAAGAGGCCAAGGUGUACAUUGGCAUCAACUCCCUGAGCACAGACUUCUCCUCUCAGAAGGGGGUGAAAGGCCUGCCUCUAAACAUCCAGAUCGACACUUACGACUUCAGCUCUGGAGCCAAUCAGCUCAUACACAGAGCUGCGUGCCAGGUCAAGAUUUUCUGCGAUAAGGGUGCGGAGAGGAAGAUGCGUGACGAGGAGAGGAAGAGAAGCAAAAGGAGGGGAAAGAAUGAUGCUAACACCAACAAGCCUUUAGUGAGCAGCUCCAUGGCCAGUGAAUGCACCUACUUCCAAACCCUGGAUGACCACGUCACCCAGCCAGUCCUCUUCAUUCCAGAAACACACAUCUCCAGCUUACAGCGCAUGGCCCCUCCCAUGGAUGAGAUUGAAAGGAGUUCUCUGAAGAGGCUGUAUCAAGAGCGAGAGCAGAACAGCUCUCCACCCAGCAAGCAAGCCCGCAGGGAAGACCCGCAAAGAGUCCUGCUGUACGUGAGGACGGGCGCUGAAGAGGUGUUUGAUGCGCUCAUGCUCAACACACCAACGCUGUCAGGCCUACGAGAUGCUGUUUCAGAAAAGUACGGUAUGCAAAAAGACACCAUUGGGAAAAUCUACAAAAAAUGCAAGAGAGGUAUUUUCGUCAACAUGGACGACAACAUCAUUGAACACUACACCAACCAGUCGGCUUUCCUCAUUGAGAUGUCCGAGGUCGCCGCCGGUCAGUUCCAGGUCACUCUUAUUGAAGUAUGAGAACCAUCCAAUCAGCCGUCUGCUCCGUUGAAGGAAGUAACACGUAACAGCUGCCAGUUUAAGGCAUCUUUAAAAGCACUGCCCAAUCACUGACAAUAUAAGCUGUGGACUGCUAAAACCAGUAAGAGAACCGGACUAAAGAGACUUCUCCAGUUUUUCCAACCUCAGUUGAAAAAGUCCGUUUCUCUUUUUUUUUUUUUUUUUUUGUAAAUACCGCUCGACCCUGUUCUUAUGAUUUUGUUAUUUGAAUUUAAUAUUGUAAUGUAAGAGCAAUUAUGAUGAACAGCCUGUACAUAAUGUAAAUAGAUUUUAAUAUGACAGUGUUUUAUGAACUAGCCAUGUGCAUGUUGUUACCCAUUUUCCAUGAAAUUUCUGUGUAUUUCAACUUUUUUUUACAGAGCUCUGUGCAUGACGUGUGUACAGUUUAUUUUCAGCGUUUUCAGAGGUUGCUAUUCUUGCUGCUUUCAAUGUAUUCAUCAUUUCUUCUACAAGACCUAAUGGUGCGUUCACUCACCCCCAGCCUGCUCCUGUUUGUUAGGUUCCUGUUAGUUUCACAACUAAAAUGGCCCGCCGCUGGGUUAGAUUCAUAACCAAAAAGUCAGACAUUUCCACCCAUAAAACCACACAAGAGUUAGUAUUGGCCGUCAUUUAGCCCAAAGCUGUGGACAUUUCCUGACUGUAUGGUGUAACCACAUGUAUGUGUGCAAAAAAGUUGGAGGAUUCUUUUCCCUUAUAUACGUUAGGCAUCAUUUCAAAACAAACAUGUAUCCCUGUAAUAUUUCAUGAUAUUACCAUGGCAAUUCUGGUUGUAUUAGCAUAUCUUGCCCCUUUUGUAAGAAAAUAAAGAAAAUGC